AAUAUGAGCAGAUUGCACAUUACCUACAUAAAUUCGAAGGUUGUUUUAUAUCUUACAAGAGUUACAAGACAUUUAAGAAUUGCAACAAAAAGCAACCGGCUCGAAAACAAAAAAUAACGUGAAAAGGCUUCUGUUCACAUUAUCACAGACAUCAGCAAAUGUUUAUCUGCAAACAUUCACCGAAAGCCUUCAAAUUACAAUUAUAUUUAUAUAAUUUUCAAAUAUAAACGCACCUUUUCAAACUUAAUUGCAAUUCACGAAGUAUAACCCAAGGUCGGUGUAACAACGUCGAACAAUAAUUUGAAAGUUGUCGUACAAGGGCUUAGGCGCUAUGUCCACGGAGGUUGGCACCGACGUCCCCGAGCAAUCGAUUAACUUACGAUAUGAUACGACCCCUGCAGUAAACAGUUCCCGAAAUGUUUUUCAAGAGGCAACAUGCUACGGAAGAAAUAUCUUUUGUUUACUAAAUUUAAAACCGCUGUUAAAAUGAUAUUACACAAAAAAAAUACAUAAAAGUAGUUGUUUCUAUUUCGAAAUGGCAAAAACGCCAGCAAAUGUUAGUAAGAAAUGGAUAAGCGAAGAAACAAGUGAAGAAGAAGAACUGUUUCACCAUUGUAGGGAAAUGGAGACGGCGUGUUACGCGAUGACAAAGGUGGUUAUAGAUGCGGAUAACAAAUGGAAGGGUCCUAAAGGCAGCAGCACUCCGCACUCGCUGUCAAAUAGAAGUUAUAUUACUGGGCUGGUUAAUAUACAGGCAAGUACUAAUAUAGUUAUUGCUUUGUAAUGUUGAAUAACCUAUUGUAAGUUUGAUGAAGCCCAGUAAGUUUAUAAUGGCUUCUUUUAUACACCUUGGUCACCUCUAGUUUGUGAAUAACAAUUGGUGUAAUACAUUCGAAUUUCUAACUUAUCCUAAUAAUCCUUGGGUCUAGAAGGCGCGUUUCAAAUAACGACUUUAUUCUGUUUGUGUUAAGGUCGAAAAUGUAAACCAUCAUGAAAUUUGUCUGUUAAUCACAAACUGAAAGUAAUUUACUAGUACUUGUUUGCGGUUUUGACCAUUUUCCUAUUCCCUAAUCAUAUAUGUAAAGUAAUUAUUUAUUCCAGGUACUAGACCAAAUCAUAGAAUACCUCUCAAAAAUAGUAAAAUCUUUUUACAAGCUGAAUCCCAAACUUGCUCGUAUGAAGAAAGAGAAUCCCCUUCUACUGAGCAAGCACGAUCACGUGUUCGACAAAUUGUGCAGUGUGAGGUUCAUAAUGAUGCAGGCGAUGCAUGGACUUAUCGUCACUAUACUGAGUACUUGCUUGCAUCGAGAUGACUCGAGGAAGAUGAUCGAGUCUAGUUUAUGCUUAGUUUCUAUAUACAAUCAGAUGAUAGGUCUGAGCUACAAAAAGUUCAAAUCCAGAUUCAGCAUCUGCAGCAACACGUAUCCCAACACAAUAAGUGAAACCAAGGCCAUUACGCUGACAAAAAUUGUUCAAGUACUAGCAAAAAGCCGUGUAGAGAUCGAUUGCCACCGCUUGAUCAACUGUCUGGUCAAGAUGUACAAACCUGAAGAUGACUCCGACAACGACUCCGGCACCAGCACCGCGGAGAGCUUGGAGAUAUAUCAUACCCUAACCAAACACAUCACCCCACCAACAUCGUCCAUGUCUCGAGAACUGACCGUGGACAAACGCCGUGAGGCCUUCAUAGAGAACAAGAAGUCCAAAAUGAAGCAGGCCCAGAGCCUCAUAGAACUUAAGAACGAACAAAACAAGAUAAUCUCUGAAGUGCUCUCUCAGAACUCAGACUGUGAGAUAGCGUACACGUCGUUACUGACGAACCAGUGUGUUUUGGAGAAUAUUUUUAAUUCUAAUGAAAAUGUAAAUAGUAUUCUACAGAGCGAAGAAAUUUACAUAGAGAUUCUUUUAGAUACGGUUGCAAAUAUGGCCCCCACAUUACUAGGAAAUAAUGGAGUUAAGAAAUUCAAGUCAGGUCGCGUGCAAGCAAGUAAAAAGGCAGCAAAGAAGGUGACUGAGUACUAUCAAAAUAUUUUAUGGGGCGACGUCGGUAGCUGUCUAGAACACAUUGUAUUGUGGUGGUCUUCAUUCCCCUUAGCUACAAGAUCCCCAAAUACAAGUCAAAAUCUACGCGAAUGGCUUUUCGCUACUUUUAAAUCUAGCAAUACUCCCGAAUUAGUACUGGCUGCGUUAAGGAUUCUUGCUGACGCAUUAGGCUGCCAUGUAACCUCUACUUCCUGGGACAAACAUUUUAGCGCCACCUUAACUACAGAUUUGACUGUAACAUCUCUAAAACAAUACCCAGAUCUCUCCAUCAAUGUAACAGAAGUUACAGCAUCAGGAGCCAAGUUCGCUCUUAUGCUGCAAGAUCUAGUCACAUUGAAUAACCAGUGCGAAGUGACGUGGGAUUACAUACUGGGCGCGCCGUUGGAGGACCUGCCGCUUGUGGAGCAAAUACCCAUUUUACAUAGACUCGAUCACUCUAUCCACACUUACCGACUAUGGUGCCUCGCGGAAACCCGGCGCCUCGCCAACCAGUGGCAGAUGGACGACUUCUUCAGAAUAACCCAGAAGGACAUGCAGGUGUGCAUGGAGCAGCUGGUUAACUUGCGGUUUGCGGACCACACCGCCGCUAUUGAGUCAGGUAAAAUUGGCGUGCAUGAAAACGUGUGUGCAAAAAUGAGAGAAAAACUGGUUUCUGAAGUAAAAGUCAAUACACAAAAAUUAAAGGAAGCAACGGAGGAAAUCACUUCAGUACUAGCAUCAGUCUGUGCGACUACAAGCUUGGCGCACCUCACGAUGAUCUUCCCGAGCAACGCGGAGUGGCGCCGCGUCUCGCACCCGCCCACGGCCGAGCGCUCCGUCUAUGUUCACGAAUUAUUCGAUAAAAUGAUGUUACCGGUGGUUAAAGCGACGGAAGACAUUACGACAUUGAACAUGAUUCUGCGAAUCAUGGGAGAGUCGUGGCUGCAUCACAUUUACAUGGCCAAAGUCAAGUUUAGUAAAGACGCAGCAUCGCAGCUUCUAGCGGAUUUUAACGAAGUCCGCAACUGGUUGACGGAGUGUAAACACCUUACUGCCGCGGCCAGGAAACAGAUGCUACAGAAUGAAGUGUUAAGGAGGUGCGAAGGCGUGGGGCGCCUGCUGCUGCACGCGCCCGGCGACCUCAUCUCCAUGCAGGACUCCACCAUGCAGUCCGCGAGGCGACGGAAAGACGAUAACGAAGCCCCAGAGCAACUAAUGCCAGCGGAGAUGUAUGUGCCGAAUCAAAAGCAGUGGCUCACGUUGCGCGCCAACAGGCUCAAUGGCUUCACUUUGUGCUGUGUUGUUUUAUCAUAAACUAAAUAAAAGCAAAACUACAA